CGGGAAGGCCGCUCGGGAGCGCGGUGGGGACGAGCGCGUUAAUCCUCGAUUAAGGCAGCGCAGACCCAGCGACAACGACGUGUGAGGAGCGCUGGGAGGGUUCCCGGCCGUGGGCGGCUGGAAGCUCAGCCCAGUGCCCAAGUGGCACCGCGCCUGGGGAGAGCGGCUGGAGGAGGAGUCCGCCGCGAGCGAGCACGGCUCACCCUGGCUGGCCGGUUCGCUCGGCUGCGCUCCUGAGAGGCUGCCGGGAGGGAGCACGCGGGCAGGUGGACCUUGGACUGGCUGCGGGCCCUGGGACCAUCCUGGCCCGGGGCGGGCAGUGAGACGCGGAGGAAGACACUCCUUCCCCUGGCCCGGCUUUCCGCGGCCUUUUCGCUCAAGUCUGUGCCACACAUGAAAGACCACGAAGCUGCAAGACCGAGGCCCCAGGGGAGCGGCUCCUCCUCACAUUUUUUGCCAGAGAAGCAGCAAGAUUAGAGCUGGCUGGAAACGAGCAGCAGCUGUUUGCUCCGUGGGGAGAUCGUAGGGGAGACGGCACAGGCCUUUCCGAGCUCUGCGCUGGAAGAAGCGGCAGCCACAGGCAGUUCCCUCAGCGCCUCUGUGGGCUCCUUGUCUUGGCAGGAGUCCCUCUGUUCGGCAGUGGCAGCUUGGAAUGGGUUGGCCGCCUGGGGAGACCUGCCCUCGUUGGCUGUCGGAGAGCUUGAUUUGCGAGCAGAAGAGGUAACAGACCGGCUGCUGUCUGGGUAACAAGAUUUACUGCACGGCCCGAGCGGUUGCACUUCCCCAGGGAAUGCACCUGGAGAGCCGGCCACCGAACCCUGAACGGAGCAGAGCAGAGCAGGGGUGGGCCAUGGGCUCGUGAAGCCCAGCAAAGGAUUGGAGCAGCGGGCAAGGACGGGGGGUUGUGCUUCAGGCUUGCUCUCGACAAGCUUGGGACAGGCUUCCUUACGGAGCAAAAGGGCUGCCCCUUCCGGAAAGCUGUGUCAGUGGUGGCAGCACCUCCCGGGCACGACCGAAACCCCCCUGGGGGUGCUUGCAACGGACGUCUUCCUGCGCACGACAGCUGCUCCUUCGACCGGCCUGUGCCUGGCUUGACAAGGGAGACAAAAGUUCCGGGGGGCCCAGGAUGUCGCAUUGGUCAACGGGCACGGGGGCCGCCUGGGGAGAGCCUCGCGCCUCCUGAGCCGCUCAGGUGCGGGGCGGCCAACUUGCUGGUUCGCUUGGGAGGGCCGUGGAGGAUGGCCCUGCGUUGACAGCAGGGGCGUUGCCGACUCCGUGAGCGCUCCCCGUGCAGCGGCGAGCAUUCCCUCUGCGCACGUUUCUUCUGGCGCGCUGCCAGUGAUGCUCGAUGGGGGCCCGGGACCCUUAAUAUGCACCCUGAGCCAGCCUGCCCAAAUGCUCCUGGUAUCCUUCGGACUGUGAAGCGUAGGAGACGGAAAGAGAUCGCCCAGCCAUGGCGGAGCACCUGGAGCUGCUGGCGGAGAUGUCAGCGGUGGCCCGAAUGGGCACACAGGAGCGGCUGAAGCAUGCCCAGAAGCGCCGCACCCAGCAGCUGAAGAAGUGGGCGCAGUUUGAGAAGGAGGUGCAGGGCAAGAAGGCCAGAACGGAGAAGAAGAGGAGAGGGAGCUGCAAGGAGCGGCACGUGGCUUUCCCGGAGAAUAUCCGGCUGCUGGAGGCAGCCUGCCGCAAUGACGUGGAGGAAGUCCGCCGGUUCCUUCAGGCUGGCCUCAGCCCCAGUUUGUGCAACGAAGACGGCCUCACGGCACUGCACCAGUGCUGCAUCGACGAUUUCGUGGACAUUGUCGAGCUGCUGCUGGAGGCCGGCGCCGACGUCAACGCCUGCGAUAGCGAGCACUGGACGCCCCUGCACGCCGCGGCCACCUGCGGGCACCUGCACCUGGUGGAGCUGCUCAUCAAACGAGGCGCCAACCUGCUCGCCGUCAACUCGGAUGGGAACAUGCCGUACGACCUCUGUGAGGACGAGGCGACGCUGGACCACAUUGAGACCGCCAUGGCCGAUCAAGGGAUAACUCAGGAGACGAUCGAGGAGGCCCGCUCGGCCGUGGAGCGUGCGAUGGUGGACGACAUCCACCGGCUGGUGAAGGAGGGGGUGGACCUGAACACGCCGCUGGACCACAGGGCCACCCUACUGCACAUCGCCUCGGCCAACGGCUACCUGGAGGCCGCGGAGCUGCUGCUGGAGCACAAGGCCAGCAUGAGCGCCAAGGACAGCGACGGCUGGCAGCCCCUCCACGCGGCCGCUUGCUGGGGCCAGAUUCAUCUGGUGGAGCUGCUGGUGGCCCAUGGAGCGGACCUCAACGGGAAGUCGGAGCUGGACGAGACCCCGCUUGACGUGUGCGUGGACGAGGAGGUGCGCGCCAGGCUCCUGGAGCUGAAGCACAGGCACGACGCCAUCCUGAAGUCCCACGACAAGCACAAGUCGCUGCUCCAGCGCCGCACCUCCAGCGCCGGCAGUCGGGGGAAAGUGGUGCGGCGGGUCAGCCUGACCGAGCGCACCAACCGCCUCCGCAAGGAGCACGAGAAGGAGGCCAUCGUCUGGCAGCAGGCGGAGCAGAGGGAGAGUGAGGCGGAGAUGGAGGACGAGGACCGGCAGACGGAUUCGGAGCUCCAGCUGCGCGUGGCGGCCCCCGAAGCGGCGGAGGCGGCGGGGCCGGGGGAGCAGUUGUCGGAGCGCAACGGCACUGCCCACCCCAAGCACCUGUACUCCAAGCGGCUGGACCGCAGCGUCUCCUCCCAGCUGGCCACGCAGGAUGACCCCUCGGUCCGCCUCAGCAAGGAGAAGGCCCGCCACACGCUGGCCGACCUGAAACGCCAGCGGGCGGCCGCCAAGCUGCAGCGGCACCACGCCGAGGACUUCCCGGCCAGCGCGGGCGAGCUGCCCCCGCCCGGCCCCGGACCCCAUUCCGUGUGUUUCACGGUGGCCAGCGGGGAUCCCCCGCUCCUGAAGCUGACCGCCCCGGCGGAGGAGAUGCCGGCAGAGAAGACACGCUGCUGCAAGAUGAUGUGAGCCCGGGGGGCCCUCACCCCGGGGCCCCCAAAGCGAGGCCUUGUGGCGUCCCUCGCGCGCCACUCACGCCCUCGGCCGUCGGGGAGGCCGUUCCAGCCGGGUGCGAAAUGCUAGCUCACCGCAGCGCCCGUGGCUGGCCAAGCUACGGUUCCCGCCAGCCAGUUUCUGUAGCUCUUUAGUGCGCUCCGGGGAAGGUCCUCUUGGGGGGCGUGUCUCAGUGCUCAGAAGGGGGGGCUGCUGGGCGAGGGGAGGCCCUGUGGCCGCUCGGCUGCCCCCGUGGGCUCAGCAAUCUCAGGGAAGGGCAGGAGUGCCGAUACCCCCGCCUGGCACAGCAUCUGCUCCGGCGACGUCGAGCACGGGCGGAGGCAGGGCCAGUCCCGGUGCAGAGGGUGCCCCGUUUUUGAGCUCCUCCCUGCUCCCCUCUUCCCCAGAGCUGAGCAGGUGCGGAGAAGGGCGUGCUGGGACGGAGAAGCGGGCGACAGGGAGUCUGCACCGGCCCAGGGGCCGCCAGCCCGUCUGCUCUGGGGUGGCUUUCAGGGCGUGGGAGGUGCUUUCAGGCGUCCCUUCCCUCCACUGCCUGUGAUGCGGCAGCUGGGACGCCCCCGAGACCAGCAGAAGGGGCCGCAUGGCAAGCACUCCGGGCGGCCUGCCUUGACGCAGGAGAGCCGUCUCCUUGCCCGGUGGAGCGGGGGCAUCGCGUGCUUCAGGGCCCCUGGGUUCUUCGGCUCUGGGGCCGCGCUCUGGUCCCCUUAGGGCGAGCUCUCGGAACGGUCCCCGGAGGAGCUUCCGCAGCGGGAGGGGACACGUUUUAUGCAGUGGGGGCCCCUCGUGCAAUCAGUGUUUCUCCCCCCCCCCCGCCCCCGACCUUCUCCCAUGGCUUUGUAGACUCUGAAUUUUGUAUUCUCUUUUGCAUAAUCUUUUUCUUAAAAAUUUGACAGUGUUUCCCCCUCAGAUCUACCCCUUGUUUUUAAUCCAAAUGUUUUUCUUCUUAUUGAUGAGGCAAUGAAUUAGUGAUCUCUUCCUUUGAGCACCCUCGUCAGCCCGUCGGGAAAGCCCCCAGCAGGGGUGGGUGUGGAAAGCUGCCCCAUCCAACAAGGACCCCUUUGCGCUUGUGCGCACUGAACGUCCCCCACCCCCCCACGGGAGGCCCCCAGCUGUGCUGCGUGGCCUCGGGGGCGCUUCCUCCUACCCUUCCCUUCACCCUCCGAGCGGACAGGCCCUGGCCAGAAACGGCGCUGCCUCCCCUCCCUCUCCGGGUUGCCCGUCCCUCCGGCAGCCAGGGGACCGCGAGUGCCUUCUCCCGCUCCCAGCCGCACCCCUGGCACCCCUCGCAGGGGGCUCUGGCGAGCUGCGCACUCUCCCCCUCGAGGGGAGGCCGGUGGAGGCGAUCAGCACGGGGCCCAGAGCAUGAGGCCACUCACUGGGAAUUCCGAGCCUUGGGAUGAAUGGGGGCCCCUUUGGCACCCCUGCCCACCCCUGCCCGCCUGGGGGUCCUUGGUGAAUGGGGGCUGCCUUAAUCCUUUCUGCCUUCGGCCAGUCCUGCUGUGGGCCGACUGCAGAACCACCGCCCCCCACCCCGGCCCAGUGGGGGGGUUUUCCUGGCAGGGAGGAGGGGGAGGUUUGGAUCGACUUUUCUACGAUUAAAAGUGUUUCUGGUAAAACGAGAGCAGAGCUGGAAGGGUGUCUGUCUGCAUCGGA